GGUGCUAUUUAUUGGAAAACUCAUGUGCUUGCGGUAUUUUCUUCUGUUGGGAUAGCGUACUGUAGUAAAUACAAUUUUGCUGCGAUGGGUCUUCUGGAUUUCUUCUCGGCUCAUCAACAUGAUAGUAAGAAGCUGAAGAAAAGCAAGCAACUAAAGACGGUGGAAAUUAAAGUGAGAAUGGACUGCGAAGGAUGCGAGAGAAAGGUGAAGAAGGCAGUGGAAGGCAUGAAAGGAGUGACUAAGGUGGAAGUGGAACCCAAGCAGCACAAGCUUACGGUCACUGGAUAUGUCGACCCAAACAAGGUCUUGCAACGUGUCAGACAUCGAACGGGGAAGAAGGCUGAUUUCUGGCCAUACGUACCGUAUGAUUUAGUGCCUCAUCCGUACGCGCCAGGGGCUUAUGAUAAGAAGGCCCCACCUGGGUACGUGCGGAACGUGGUGGAUGACUCGGCGGCGCCUCUCGCACAUGCCAGCUCUUUUGAAGUUAAAACCUUAUCGGCCUUUAGCGAUGAGAACCCCAAUGCGUGUGUGAUUAUGUGAAAUCAUUUGCAUCUAGUGUUAAUUACUGUAGUUUCUUUUAAGUCUAAACUUAAAGAUGAAUGUGUGUUUUUGUUGUUUGGAGGAAGACUUAAAAGAUGAAUGUUCAUGUUCUUUUCUUGGUAAUUACCAUAUUUUAUUGGAAUAUUAUUACUUUUAAA